AUGAGUGUCAUUACCGCCUCUAUCACGACGUCGCGCGCCGCCCCGGCCACACGUGCCGUCUCCAACGCAGAGCGCGCUCGUAAACCCGCGGCCGUCUCGGAGAAAAAGGACGGGGUCGCGGAUGACGCAUUCGGGCGCGCGCGGAAGGCGGCGACCACGGCGUUCGCCGCGGCCGUGCUGGUCACCGCCCAGCCCAACGCGGCGCUCGCGGAGGGCUCGAUACUCGAUGUCAUCCCGCCCGCCCCCUCGAACGGACCCCUGAAGAACCUUCCGAGGGAGCUCACCGAACCAGACGAGAUCUUCAGAGAGGACUUCACCGUCAAGUUCGCCGGCCUGGAGGUUGACCACAAGUACCUGGUCUCUGCGCUCAUCUUGGGCCAGGCCAUCGGCUUUGUCGGGUCGCUCGUGGGCGGCAACGAGGCGCGCAAGAAGGGCGAGGAGGUCGCCAAGCUCAACGCGUCGUUGCUCAAGGUGAACGCCGAACUGAGAAGGGAGAUGCGCGAGGCGGGCAUGGGACCCUACGUGCCCAUCCCCGCGCAGAGGUUCAUCGAGAAGGGCCCCGGUCAGAGCACCGACGAGGAGAUCGCCGCGGUGGACGGAAUCAUCGUCAAGCUCAAGACCGCCAAGCGCCACCUCAAGGAGAAGGCCAACGACAUGGCGCUCUCGGAGUUCGACGAGGCGCUCAAGGAGAUUAGCGCGAACGAGGGGGCGCUCGCCGAGGCUUGGAAGGCGCAGAGGAAGGCGCAUCGAGGCAGGGGCGCCGCGCUCGAGAGGCUGGGUCGGUACGGGGAGGCGCUCGAGGCCAUGCAGACCGUGCUGUCCCUCAGCGUGGACCACGACGAUCAUUCGGGUGAGACGGACGCGCUGGGCGUCAUAGCGGACAUCUACACCGACAUGGACCAGCUGGAGAUCGCGUCGGAGUACUACGACAGGUACUUUCAGUCGUUGCAGGAGGAGGACGCGCUGAACGCGGCGAAGGAAGCGGCGGAGGAGAAGGCGGUGGCGAGGUGAGGGGUCCAGGUCCUACCACCGGGUUUAGGGUCGACCCGUUCGCGUCAUCAAUCCAACGUACGACGCACGUAUCUCGCGUCUGGUUUACCAAUCGCUAAGACUCGAUCCACCGUCGCGACGCUCCCUCCAUCCCCUCGUCUCCGCGCUCCACCGCUGCGCGAGUGACGCGUCUCGCCCGCCGCCGUGGGUGACGCUCCUCCACGAGGAUUCUCCCCACCCGGCGCCGCGCCACACGUCGUAGAGCCGCUGGGAUUUGACCGCGACGGCGGCGAACGCGAGUUGGGCGGCUGCUGCGACGAGAGAUCUCCUCGCCACGCCGCUCAACCCGCCAGUCUCGGGGUCUCUCCACCAGACUCUCUCAACGCCAUCGCUCCCCCUCGCCCCGUCCAGCCGAUCUCGCCGCUUCCCGUCGCCUUUCCUCGCCCUGCUCGCGGAGGGGAUUCGACGCGCGGACUUCUUGGAUACAGGGCGCGACCGGGAACGACCCAUCACCGGGGUGAAGGUCCACCUGCUCGGUGCCAGGCGGCCCAUUCGCCCGUGCUGUGAAGCCACAACAUUUCCCAAAACCAA